AUGAGUAAACAAUCUUUUGAAUUUACAAAAGAAAAAAUAUUACCAACUUCAGAUCCAAGAUCACCAUUUUAUUAUAAUUUACCACCUUAUGAUUCUAAACCUAUAGAUAAUUUAAUUGAAUUUUUUAAAUUUUGGAAAUAUUUUAUAAAAUCAACUAUAUAUUAUUUAAAAGAAAUUGUAUUAGUUAAAGAAUUGGAAUCUAAUUUAAAUUACCAAUUAAUUCAAGCUGUUCAAUUUCCUGGUUGUAAAGAUUUACCAAAUAAAAUUUUACAAGAUAUUCAAAUUAAUAAUCCAAAUAUUAAUGGAACUAUAUCUCCAAAAAAUAAUACUACACCAACUAAAGAAUUGAAGAAAAAUUUAUCAAGUUCAAGUUUAACUUCAUUAUCAACUGUUGGUGGUGGUGGUUCUAAUAAUAAUAAUAAUAAUAAUAAUUCAUCAUUCAAUAAUCAAUCAUAUCUUCAACAACAACAAUUUAAUAAUAAUAAUGGAUCUUCAACUUCAUUAUCAAAUUCAAUACCUCAUGGUCCUUUAACUAGUAGUGCAAGUCUGAUUCAAAAUUUACCACCACCAUCAUCAUCACUAAAAUCAAAUACUCCACCAAUUGAAAAACAAAGACCAGGAUUAUUUAAAACAAAAUCAAAUAAUAAUUCAUCAUUUUUAAAAAAUGCUGCAACAAAUUUACAUAAGAAAAAUUCAUCAUUAACUUCAUUAAGACAAUUGGCUCCAACAUCAACUAAUAUAUCAACAACUUCUUCAGGUUCAAAUUCUCCUUCACAUCAUGGUAUUCAUCCUCAUUUACCACAUCAUCCUCAUAUUCAUUCAGAUCAUCAUGUACCUCAAUUGCAUACCCAUCAUCAACAACAACAACAACAACAUUCAACUCAACAAUUUGCAAAUGGUGCUACUACUCCUCCUUUACCAAUUUCCAAACCAGAAACUUUACAUUCAAAUGAUGUUAAAAUCCCACCAACUUUUUUCCCAGAUAAUUCAUUAUAUACAACACUACCUGCAUUAUUAUUAAGUUCUCAUCAUCAUGCAUUUAAUAAUAGUUACAAAUUAAGAAAAGAUUUAAUUUCUAAAAUUAUUCCUAGAUUGGAAGUUUUAUUAAAACAAGUUUCUCAUAAAAUUAAAGAAAUUAAAUUAUCUUUAAAAAAUGAUGCAUUUGCCAAUCCUGAAUUAUCAAAAGAAAUUUCUAAAACCGGUCAAAUCUUAAGUAAAUAUAUGGCAUCAGUUGAAACUUAUUGUGGACCAAGACCAGUUGUUAAAAAUAGAGGAUUGGAAGAAGAUGAAGAAGAAUAUGCAGCAUUGGAUGAUCCAUUAUUAUUAAAAUUAAAAGUUGAUUCAAGACUCAAAACUCAAUUAGUUUUUGAAAAUUAUAUGUUUGCAUCAUAUUUAAAUUUACAAAAUAUAAGUAAAGAUUUAUUUACUUAUCUUUUAAAAGAAUUAAAUUUAGUUUGUGAUAAAUGUGGUAAAUUAGAUUUAGCAACUGAAUUUUAUCAAUAUUUGAAAAGUCAAGUUAGUCAAUCAUCAUCAAAAGAUUGGGAAUAUUUUAUAAGUCAUAAUAAAUGUUUUGUAAAUACUUUUGAAUCAACCGAAGAAAAUCCAAAAAGAGAUAUAAGAACAAUGAAAUCAAUAGAUUUACCAUAUUCAAAUUUACCUCAAAAUAAAUGUCUUCGAUUUGGAAUAAUGUAUAAAAAAUCAAAAUUAAUGAAGAAUUAUACAAGAUACUAUUAUGUAUUAUCAUGUAAUUAUUUACAUGAAUUUAAAUUUGAAGAAGAAACUCAUCAACCACAAAAGAAGACCAACAAAUCAAAGGAUAAAAUUGGUGGAUUUAUUGGGUUUGAAGAUGAGCCAGUAAAAUCUUAUAAUUUAAAUGAUUAUCAAAUUGCUACCAAGGAUGAAUCAAGUUUUAAAUUUACAUUAACUAAAGUUUCUAAUAAAUCUAAAAAGACAUUUAAAUUAAAUAAUUUAGAAGAUUAUCAUUCAUGGUUUGAAGAUUUAUUUGAAUUAUUAAAAUAUGGAAGUGAUCAUCAUGCAAGAUUUGCAUAUAUUCAAAGAAAAGUAGAUAUUGCAGCAAAUUCUAAAACUUUAGAAAAUGGUAAAAAGAAGAAUAGUAAAGGAUUAAGUUUAGAAUUGGGUAAUUAUUCAACACCAGCAUUAUCUGGAAUGUUUACUCCAAGAAUCAGAACUCCUCAAGAAUCACCAACAAAUUCAAGUGAUACUAAUCCAUUUGAUGAAGUAUUUUCAAAUUUACCAACUAAAUCAAAACCUUCAAGUGAUUUAAGUUCACCAGCAAUGACACCAAGAAAUUUAACUCCAACAGAUUCUCAAUUUAAUAUUAAUCAACCACCACAACCAUUACAACAACCAACAACAAAUCAAAUUCAAAUUCCUCAACAACCACCAACCACCAAUGAAGAAUUUUUGAAAUUACAAGAAGCAUUUAUGAAACAACAACAAGAAAUUAUGGAUUUAAGAUCAAAAGAACAAGCAAAUAUUAAUUUAAUACAAAGAAAAUUGGAAAAUUUACAAUUGGUUCAACAAAAUAAUGAAGAAGUUUUAAAUUCUGAUCAAAAUAGUUUAAAUACUCAUCAACGUGAUUCUUCAGAAUCUUUAAAUUCUUUUAUUGCAGGUCCACCAAAUAAAAUCCCAGUUGCUCAUGCUGCUGUUGAAGGUUUAACUUCAAGACCAAUUGAAUUUGAUAUUGGUGAUAAUAAUAAACCUAAUAAUGGUUCAAAUAGUAAUAGUCAAUCUCCAAAAGAUAAAUUAUUUUCUGGUUCUAAUUCAAGUAUUCCUCAAGUUUUUGUAACUGAAAAUUAA